CUGAGCUACGCAACAACAAAAGACAAGCGACUGUAAACAACUAGCUUUCAAUUAGAAUUUUUAAAAGUGCAGUACUGUAUUAAGUAUACAUUAUUUUUUGACAAAUUUUUUUAGACACAAAUCGAAUAAAAUCGUCGCAUACUUCUCUUCGGGUUUCCGAUUGUUAUAUUAUCCGUCGUGAUUUUUCAUUGCGACGACAGACUCUUUUCCGUAGUGUGAAACAGUGUGAAAAUAUAUUUUAAAAAUUGCAACAGUGAAUCUUCGGUAAGACAAUCAAAGUUGUGGGAGUUUUAACGCAUUUUCCUAAUUAAAAUAUUGUUCGUCAGUGCGUGUUAAGUUUCAUCGAAAUCAUAUCGUCGCACGAUAGACCUACCCGUCGACAGUGAAAAGUCGAUUGGAUAAAACAUGGAGCAAAAUGGAAUAUCAAUGAUCUCGGCGUCUUCGGUUACCGAAAAUUCGAGUGGGUCUAAAAUCAAAAGCGCAAACAUCGUGUUGUCCAAGGGAAAUGAAGUGCAGAUGCAGAUACAUAAAGUAGAGAUGUCGUGGUUCAGAAAACUCAUGCAAGAAGAUGGUUCGGUCUGGGACACGUUCCUUAUGGGACUGGCCGAAUUCAUUGGUACCGCCAUGUUGUUAUUUAUCGGAUGCUUGGGAUGCAGUUCCGGUCUUGGAACUGUUCGCACGUCCUUUCAAUCCGCCUUUGCCUUUGGUUUGACUGUCAUGACAGUUCUCCAGUGUAUAGGACAUAUCAGUGCUGCCCAUAUCAAUCCCGCGGUUACUGUGGGUUCUGUCAUUCUUGGCAAAAAAUCAAUUCCGACAGCCUUAGUAUACUUGGUAGCACAAAUAACCGGCGGGAUACUUGGAUUUGGUCUGUUAAGGGUAGUCACGCCGCAGCAGCACCUGCACGCCGGCAACCCAGAAGACACUGCCUCCUUCUGCAUGACUUUACUCAACGACGAUAUUACCGUCUUUCAAGGUUUCCUCAUGGAGAUCCUUGCCACGGGUGUGCUGAUGUUCCUGACUUGUGCCCUUUGGGAUUCGCGUAACGAGAAGAACAUAGAUUCCGUAUCUGUCAGGGUUGGCUUGACUGUGACAUGUUUGUCACUCACCGUUGGCCCUUAUACCGGCUGCAGUAUGAAUCCUGCCAGAUCGUUGGCGCCUGCUAUCUGGAACAAUCAGUGGUCUCAUCAUUGGAUAUUUUGGUUUGGACCUAUUGCAGGCGCCAUUUUGGCUACGUUAUUGUACAAGACGUUAUUUUGGCCGAAGGAUAUUGACAAGGAUAAAUUUGCCGAUGAUCACGUGGUACUGAAUGGCGUCCACUCGCUAAACCCAGAGUGACUUUUCUGUUUUAGGUAAAUUGAGGUACCUCGGAGGAUAACAGUUUUUUGUAUUUAUUUGAUAUUAAAGCAUUCCUGCGACUCGGUCGGUAACUUCUUGAAGCUAUUGGUUAUUGAUUGGGAACUGAUUAUUGUUCUUGUUGAUUAUCAUCACAUCGUACUGUGUUAACGUAGCACUCGAAACAAGAGUUGCUGAUUAAUAAGGAUAUUCCAUUUGUUCAGACUGAUUCGAAAAAUUUAUUGUACAAAGACUCGGUAUUUUUAAUUAUCCAGUGAAAUCUAUACGGAUCUGUUUUUAUCUAUGCGCGUGGAUGAAAUUCAGAGAUUUUGAGAUUUAUAAUUGUCAGAUCAAUUUUAGGCGAUUGCGCAUAAUUCUUAUCUUGUCGAUUCAGUAUUUACGAGAUAGUUGUAAUUGACCUUAGAAGGAUAACCUUUUUCUAGCCUACGUUAAAAAUUUAUCGGGUUUGCCUGUCAGACCUACGUAGGUUAUCCUUCUAGGGUUAAGCUUGUUAUUAGACAGUAUUUGACAGGAAGUACACUGCGUGCCAAACUGUGUACUCCGAAACAAAGAAAAAGAAGGGUACUUCGUCCUUCGUUUUUCUAUAGGAUAAAAAGUGUAACUCUAGCAAAGAACGAGAAUCGUGAGAGGAGGGAAUUCAAUGACAUUUUUUUUUUCGAAAUUUAAAUUGUCAAAAUCCAUGAACUGUUAACCUACUUUGAUUUUUGAAUUGCCGCGAAAAAGCUUUUGACUGAUACGAUUUUUUUUUUUUUAAUAUGCCCGCCAAAUCUUGCCACGAUCCACGUUGAAUUUUCUCAGCUUCCGGUUUGUCGUUAGUCCAGAGUCAGUGAGCAAACUGACAGGCAGACCGAAAGCAGACUCAAAGAUAAAGAUACGGGAAAGAUCCUUUUUUUUUCAUGUCAAGGAUAAAAAGGAACUGACCCAAAAAAAAUUUCAAAAAAUGUAUUUGUAGGGUCCGGAAGCAUUUUUUCCGAUUCUACCAGAUGCUCAUUUUUCAGGCUGCCAACUGAGUAACUUUGCUGGAGUAAACUGAAUUUACGAAUAAGCAGGCGAUCGGUUGUGUCUUCAAGGACGACUACGUUGUAAAUCGAUUUGAGUGGGAAAAAAGGAAAAAAAAAAGAUACAAGAAACGUCACCUGCACAGGGACAAAGUAGCAAUUACUUUAACAACAUUGUAAAUAAACUGACGUAAUCUUCCGAUAAAGGCACAAUCUACUAUGUAUAUGUAUAUACGAUGUUUCGUACGUCGAUCGAUGGUCCGAUCGAUGAAAUUUUCAAAUAGCAUAAAGAAAAUUCGUCAAAUUUUUAAAGAUUAUUUCAAGCGAGAUGGUGCGUCGAUAAAAAAGAGAAAAAAAAUUGGUUAUUCUGACGAUAUUACUUUAAUAUUUCAGCUGUAUCGCAUUUUCAUGUAUUUAAUAAAAUAUUUUCUCUCGUCCUACCAGCGCCUGAUCAUCCAA